AUGGACAAGACUUCAAUCACUCACGUCUCGGACGUGCAAAAUGCGUCGAAUGAAUCAGACGUCUCCAAGGUCCAAGUUGGACGAGAGAGGCUCUCUGAUCGGCUCCCACCCCAUGAGUCGUACGAGGGACGUCAUCGAUGGGACCCUGAAAUGAGUUGGACACCUGAAGAAGAGCAAAAAGUGAUCAGGAAGACCGACCUCUACCUUCUUUCGUGCCUUUGUGUUAUGUUCUUUGGUCUCCAGCUGGACCGAGGAAAUCUUUCCAACGCACUCGCCGAUGAUCUGUUGAAAGAUCUCAAAUUGUCGAGUAAUGACUACAACAAUGGAACAACCAUUCAAUUGGUUUGCUUUUUGGCCGCGGAGUUCCCCGUCCAAAUGAUCACGAAACGUCUGGGUUUCAGAAGAGUCUUGCCCACCAUGAUGAUGCUGUGGGGUAUCGUGUCCUGGGCGCAAGCGUGGAUGACUGGCCGUGCGAGUUUCUAUGUGACGAGAGCACUGAUUGGUCUCUUUGAGGGUGGUUUCAUUCCAGGUAUGGCAACAUUGUCUUCCUCUGCGGUCUGGGUGGUGAAUCAAGGUUUAACAAAAGGUCAAUCUGCAGGUGUGAUCCUCUUCUCGACCUAUUUCUACACUUCUAAGGAGCUUUCCACACGGCUCGCUGUGUUCUGGUCCACUCUCAACGUGGCUCGUGUCAUCUCGGCCCUACUCGCGGCAGGAAUUCUCAAGAUGAGGGGCGUCGGUGGCCAUCCAGGCUGGUUCUGGCUUUUCCUGCUGGAGGGUCUUCUCACAUGUCUGAUUGCUAUUGGGGCCUUCCUCUGGCUUCCUGCCAGCCCCACCCAGACCCGUGGUGGUAUAUGGCGCCAGUCUUGGUAUACAGAGCGACAGGAGGCGAUCAUGGUCAAUCGCAUUCUUCGCGACGACCCAGCCAAGGGUCUCACAGCGAUCAAGGAACCGGUUCACUGGAGUAACAUCAAAGAGGCCUGGAUGGACAAGUCCAUGUGGGGGCUCUACAUCAUCGGUCUCGUAGCCUAUAUUCCCGCCACACCUGUCCAGGGCUACCUGACGCUCACCCUCCGGCGCAUUGGGUUUUCGACCUUCGACGCGAACAUGUUGACAGUGCCAUCGGCUAUGCUUCAAAUCUUCACCAUGCUGGCCAUCUCAUACAGCAGCAACCGUUUCAAUGAUCGGGCAUUCCACGUGAUCUUUGGAGAGGCAUGGGUCUUGCCUCUUCUUGUCAGUAUGCUCACACUGCCGGACGGUGGUCGAGACUGGUCUCGCUUCACGCUCGUAACGCUCAUCUCAGGCUAUCCAUACUUCCAUCCUAUUGUCUCCUCGUGGAUCUCCGAGAACAGCUUCGAUGUGAAGAAGCGAGCAAUUACCGCGGCCACAUACAACGUCAUUGUGCAGGUUGGCUCAUUGAUUGGCUCCCAGAUCUACCGAGCUGACGAUGCGCCAUAUUACCACCGCGGAAAUGCGGUCUUGGUAGGCAUCUGCGCACUGUCUUUGGUCGUUGUCCUCGUUCAGCGGGAAUUCUUGCGAUACCUCAACCGAAAGAAGGUCGCAGCUUGGAACGCCAUGACGCUUGAGGAACAGGCUGCGUAUCAAAAACGACCUGCCUGCUCGUGA